UUACGGAUUUCUGUUGCUGGUCCUUCAUAUCCUGAAUGAUGCUAUUGCUCUGGAGCAUGUCAUCAGUAAGCUUGGAGACAAUGUUACACUGAACUGUACUUACCGAGAAAGAGAACUGCGUUUAAACAAUCUACGGGUGUAUUGGCAAAUAGCUGAUGAUCCAGAACAGUGUUCAGUUGUACAUACACUGAUCUCUGGUCAAGACAAUGAAAGUGAACAGUGCAUUCACUUUAAAAACAGGACUCAGUUAUUCUGGGAUAGAUUGGAAGAUGGUGAUUUUUCUCUGCUACUACUGAAUGUCAGCCAGAGUGAUGAACGCACUUAUAAAUGUGUAGUAAUGGAGAAAACUGAAUAUACCAAAAAGAUUAACCAGACAGAUGUGGUUCUCAGUUUAGCAGCUAGUUAUAGCCAACCCAUACUCAGUGGACCAGUAAGAAACAGUGACAGCACUGGAGAGGAGGUGACUUUCAGCUGCAGGUCCGACAAUGGAUACCCAAAGCCCAACGUUUAUUGGAUAAAUAGAACAGACAACAGCGUCCUGCCUCCAUCAGAGCUAAAUAUCACAUACCACGCUGAUGGCACUUACAGUGUUUUUAGCACACUGAAGGUUAACACCACUUCUAACAUGCAGAUAGAGUGCUCCGUCGAAAAUAAAAUACUGCAAGAAAAUCUAUCAGCCAACUAUAAAGAGGAAAGCAACGAUUCUAGCACAGAAAGUCACCAAAACCUGGAAAGAAGUGGACGAGGUGCUCAAGCAGCUGGUAUCGUUUCUGUUGUCUUUCUGAUAGGUCUUCUAGCUGUUUUUGCCUGCUGGCUGUGGAGACGGAGGUCCUCUAAAUUAGCAUCCUACACAG